GUAAGUGUAACUAGAUAACUCCGGACUGCUAACUUCAAGUUGGAAGUGUAACAACUUCCACUCUUUAGAGUUGAUUUAAGUCCGUCAGUGUGUGAUUGUCGCGGAGCUGUGCGAAAAAUGUCUUCGCAAGUAUACGAUUGCAUUGUGAUCGGAGCUGGGAUCCAGGGGUCUUGUACAGCGUACUACCACGCAAAGAAUAACAAGAAAACGCUCCUUCUCGAACAGUUCAUCCUGCCUCACUCUCGUGGAAGUUCCCAUGGCCAGACACGUAUCAUCCGGAAGGCCUAUCCGCAGGACUUCUACGUCCGGAUGAUGGAGGAUUCUUACAAACUGUGGGCUGAGCUGGAGAAAGAAGCAGGUGUGAAACUAUACAGACGCACAGGCCUCCUUGUCAUGGGCGCCGAGAACGGUCAGCAGUAUCCCCGUGUCAAGGACGUGCUGCUGCGGAAUCGAGUUCCCACGGUGGUGCUGAAGAGAGAGGAGUUCAGCCAGCACGUCCCCAACUUUAACCUGAGCAGCGGGGACGGGGCGCUAGUGGACACCACCGCAGGGGUGCUGUACGCCGACAAGGCCCUCGCGUCCAUUCAGAGGCUAUUUCAGUCACUUGGCGGGGUGAUCAAAGACGGGCAAAAAGUUACUGGCAUCACGCCAGGUGCGGUCGCCACGGUGACUACAGUCUCUGGGGCGUACCAGGCGAGGAGCCUGGUGAUAACGGCGGGGCCGUGGGCUAACACGCUGCUCUCCCUCACUGGACUGGGGCUGCCACUGCAGGUAGUGAAGAUAAACGUGUGCUACUGGCAGGAGAAGGUUCCGGGCUCGUAUGACGUCCAGAAGCGCUUUCCCUGCUUCAUCCAGCUGGAGAGCCAGGAGGCGGAUCAGCACAUCUACGGCCUGCCGUCCAAUGAGUACCCAGGACUGAUGAAGGUGUGCUACCACAUUGGUAAGGAGACAGACCCGGACGAGCGCGACCGACAGACAGACCAGAGUGACAUCGCGAUCCUGCAGCGUUUCAUCGCCCGCUGCAUGCCCGGCCUGGUGCCCGUGCCCGCCGUGGUGGAGAGCUGCAUGUACACCUUAACACCUGACAGUGACUUUGUCCUGGACCAUCACCCAACUUACAGGAAUAUUGUCAUCGGCGCUGGAUUCUCAGGUCAUGGCUUUAAGUUUGGCCCCGUCAUCGGCAAGAUCCUGUACGAGCUGAGCACGGGACAGUUGCCCUCCCACGACGUCUCCCCGUUCAAGAUCAGCCGCUUCCAGACGCCCGCCAAGUCCGCACUGUAGAUCUGCUCCUGAUGAUUGCUCUCCACGGGACCAAUGCUAUGCAUCAUCAAGCAUCAUGGACUAUUGAAUCAAUAGACUUUAAUGCUCAUCAACAGUCUGCCUCAUGAUGAGAGGAGAUCGCUUUAAGCUUCAAUGCCUUUGUCACAGAUGACGGGGCACACAGUCAUAGAAUAUGGGUACGUAGUACAUGUAUGAACGUGUGCCAUCUGAGCUCCUUCACAUGGAGAAGACAUGAUUCAGAGGAAUUCAAGCUUAAAGUGCACUUGGUGUGAUUUUUAUAUAAUGCUUCCACUACUACACCCUCACUCCCUACCUUGAAGUCAGGGGAAAGGGUGAAAAUAAAGAAUGUUGUGAAAAAUCAA